AUGUCUUUAUCAUGUAGCAGAAAAGAUUCGUUUAAAAGUGCCUUAAAAAGUCGAUUAAUUAAAGAAUUUAAUUAUAACACAUUUGAAAAUAUUACAGAAAUCGCAAAAGGAGGAUUUGGUAGUGUUUACCGUGCUAAUUCAACAAGUUUAGGAAAACAUGUUGCAUUAAAAAGUUUGCAUGAAAAUGAAAAUGGCGAAUCAUUUUAUAAACAAUUUGUGGGAGAGUUAACAAAUAUCGUGGCUGUACAUUACCAUGACAAUAUUAUUAAUUUUCAUGGAAUCAGUAUAGAUCCUUCAACAGAGAAAUACUACCUAGUGUUACAAUAUGCUAAAGAUGGUAACCUGAGAACUUAUUUACGAAAUAAUUUCAAAAGUCUUAAUUGGGAAAUUAAAAUUAAAAUGGCUAAAGAUAUUACAAGUGGUCUACUCUGUAUUCACAAAGAAAAUAUAGUUCAUAAAGAUUUGCAUUCAAAGAACAUUUUAGUUCAUGAAGGAAGGCUAUUGAUAACAGAUUUAGGAUUAUCUCAACCAUUAGAUACCAAUUCAAAUUCUAUGACCGAAAUAUUUAAAUUGGUUAUUUCCGGUAAAAGAGAAGCACAUAUUAAUGGGACUCCAAAAAAUUAUAUCAAAAUAUAUUCAAGUGCAUGGGGAUUUGAUCCGAAUCAAAGGCCAACUAUUGAAAAUAUUUCUGAUUCUCUUGAAAAUAUCAAAUUAGAAGAUAUAUAUUACGAUUCUAAUGACAUUCAAGGUGUUCAAUUAGAAACUAAUAUUAAUAUUCAUUCUCAAGAUUCAGCGAACGUAUUCAGUAGAGAUUCCAUAUCCUUUACUUCUUCAUUUACUACAGGAUCAUCUAUUCCUCUAUACACUUCCCUAUCUACUUCCUUAUCUACUACUCUCAAUUCUAGUGGCUAUGAUGAUGUGAGAAUUGGCAAUCAAAUUAUGAAAUAUAAUUAUAAUGAUUUUAAAAAUCUUAAAAAUAUUGGGAAAGGGACAUUUGGAAUGAUUUACAGUGCAACAUUAAUGAAUCGAAAAAAUGAAAAGAGAAUAGUGGCUUUAAAAUCUAUAGUUGUGGAUACUAUGGAAUUAUUUGUUAACGAGCUUAAUACAAAAAAUACAAUAGAAUAUUUAGACCCAAUGCUUCCGCGCGAACGUAGAAAAACUAAAGCUUCUGACAUAUAUAAUAUCGGAAUUUUGCUUUGGGAAAUAUCAAGUGGAAAAAAUUCAUAUGAAUCUAAAUUUUGGGAUGAACCAAAUUUGAUAACUUAUGUUUCACAAGGGAACAGAGAAGAUCCAAUCAUUGGAAUACCACAAGAUUAUAUUAAUAUCUAUCAAGAUUGUUGGAAUCAAGACCCAAAUCAUCGUCCAAACAUCGAGAAAGUUGUACAAGAUCUCAAAUAUGUAGUUUUACUGCCAAAAAAGCAAUUUAAACUAAGAUGUGAAGGCAAG